AUGGGACAGGUCAACUGCUGCCGCGGCUCUAGGGACGAGCCUGAGCCCGUGCAGCAGUGUGUGCCCAUCCCGGCAUCAUGGGAACCACUGCUCCGGCAGCGUGUGCGGGUGACCCAGGGCCGUGUGACGAGGAGGAGGGACCUCCUCCUCUUCAGGGACACGCUGGUCAUCGCCAAGCACCAACGUGGCAGCGCCCCGCGCCCAAAGCUCUGCCUGGCCCUGGGCCAGCUGCAGGUGCUGGGCAGCGCCAAGGGGGCAGCUGGCGAUGCCCCUGAAGAGGAGGAAGGCAGACACACCACCUCACUCCUCCUCGUCUGGCCCUGCGGCUCGUGUGUCAUCACUUUCCGACCACCGGAAGGAGUGGAGGGAGCCCAGGUCACCCGGCUGCCCUCCUUCAAGGCGCUGCUAAAGGAGCUGAGGAGCCGCAAUGCUGCCAUGACACUGCACGCCGCCAGCCUGGAGAGGCUCCUCGAGGGCCAGGCAACGGUGAGGAUCGCACAGAGAGAAAUCUCAGCCAUGCCCAUCACUCACACGUGGCCAGGGCACGAUGCAGCUCGCUGGGGCCCCUUUCUGCUGCAGGGCUCUCGGACGAGCACAGCACAUUUCUUGCAGGCUGAUGCAGAGGAGCGGCCCCCACCUGUCGUCCCCUCUGGUGGCCAAGAUAGAAGUGGCCAGUUGGCUGAAGGUGAGACCCGCAGCCAGAGGAGGUGGCUGCCCUGGCGCUUUGCGCGGCCAGGGACCUCAGCGGCUGCAGAGGCACAGGGGCCGUCGCCCUCUGCCCACACGGGGGUUCUCUUUGGCCGGCCCCUGGCAGCUCUCUGCAGCCAGGAUGGUGCGCUGCCCCAGCCCAUCCAGGACCUGCUGGCUCUGCUGCACGAGCAGGGCCCAUCCACGGAGGGGAUCUUCCGGCUGGCGGCCAGCGAGCGCGCCUCCCGGGACAUCAGGGAGGCCCUGGACACCGGCGCUCAGGUCCACCUGGCCAGCCAGCCGGUGCACGUCCUGGCUGUCAUCUUGAAGGACUUCCUCCGCAAGAUCCCCUCCAAGCUCCUCCACUCGGAGCUUUACCAGCAGUGGAUGGAUGCCCUGCAAAAGACCAGCAGGCAGGAGAGGCUGGCGGGGCUCAAAGAGGUGGCCGGCAAGUUACCUGAGGCCAACCUCCUCCUCCUCCGAACCUUGCUCAGCCUGCUCCACAAGAUCAGCACCAAUGUCCCUGUCACCAAGAUGACUGCCAGGAACCUGGCCAUCUGCGUGGGGCCCAACCUCCUCAGCCCACCCGAGGAGGACACGCUGGCCCUGGAUGUCCUGAUGCAGGUGACAGGGAAGGUACGCUGUGUUUGCCAGCCCGCUGCAGCCUUCCCGGCCCAUGCCAGCUUUGCUCUUCAGGGCUUCCUGGCUGCCUUCUCUCUUCAGCAAAUGCUCGUGGGGGAGCUGCUGCGAAGAGCAGCCCCACAGCUGCAGCCUUCUGUGCAGAAGGCACGAUCAGGAGUGGGAAGGGCUGUUGCACCCGUUUGCAGCCAGCGGGUUGGCAACCAAUGGUUUACUGUGUGCAGGUGUCGGAGCUGGUUGAGUUCCUCAUCCAACACCAUGAGGAACUCUUUGAGGAGCAGGAGGAGGAGGAGGCUGAGCUUCCAGGUGCACCGGCCGAGGCUGAACUUGCCAGCCAACAGGCCGAGGAGUCACCGGCACCAGAAGAAGAAGGAGAAACUGCCGAGGUAUGUGAGGUCCACACAGAGCGUGAGAGAAUGCCUCCCCACCCAGAAGGUGGGAUUGCCACUGUAGGGACUCUCUGUGCGGUGAUCCCAGCAGAAGUGGCACAGCUGAGCUGAGCAAACCCAUCCAAGGGAUGUGCCUUUUAGAGCUGAGAUGGAGAGUGUGCAGGUGUCAUCUUCUAUGUUUCUACUGCAGGUGCCUCCAGUUCCUCACGAAUGUGAACCCCAGGAGAGCACCUCUGGGCAGAACAGGUGACAUGAGCUAGCUUUGAUGAAGAGUAGAAUUGAUUCAUGGUGAUCAUGGCUGUGCCUGUCUAACAAUCUUCCUGAAUGGACAGGUGUCCAAGCUCUUCGCAGCAAGGGGAAACACCAUCCCCCAGGAAGAGAAAGCACAGCUGCGAAGAGGAGGUCGGUGGCCCGCCACCCAAGCGAUGCCGAAAGCUGUGAACAGAGAGCUCAGCGAUGGGUAAGUGAGACCACCCAAGCAGGGUGAGAAGACCAAGGAACCCAGGCGUGUAAGAGAGCCUGUUCUCCCUCUUGGGAAUUUUCACGCUGCUUUGAGUAGAGGAAAUAGUUCUGUGGUGCUCACAGAUGGUCCCAGAGAGGAAGCGAUCACCUGCCCUUGGGCAGUAUAAUUUGGGUUGGAAGCGACCUUCCAAGGUCAUCCAGUCCAACCCCCUGCUGUGAGUGGGGACAUCUUCAACUAGAUCAGGUUGCUCAGAGCUCCAUCCAGUCUGGCCUUAAAUGUUUCCAGGGAAGGGACAUCUACAACCUCUCUACCACCCUGCAUUCUUACUGCAGCUGCACCCAGGCCUGGCCCUUCAAGCAGAGAUUUGUCCAGCAGUUGAGUCAAAAGCUCGUGUGUUCACUUAAGCCUCCCCAAGCUUCAGCAAUCUAAAUAAUUGAGAGAAAAACACCAGAGCCUAAUAACCAGCUCUAAGGAAUUCUGCAGUGGAGAUCUGUGGAUGGAUAUUGCCUUUCACGCCAAAGCACAAGUUGCUUGUUCACCUCUCAACCCGGUGCCUAAUGCCUGUCUUUUCCCCCCAUCUUUCUCAAGGCAGGCUGUCGAGGUGGCCGAAGAAAUCACCCUCAUGCUGCCACCCUUUUGGCUCAGCUGGACGGUCUAGUGGGGCUUCUGAGAAAGAAGAUCACACCUCGUCCUUUCUGCAGAACUUUGACCAGCCCAUGAAGAAGUCUCACCAGUGUUGUCUGUGAGAGCCGUGAAAAGAGCUGCAGAAAAGGCACUUGACAGCUUUCAACACAUAUGUUUUCACAUGCCAGUUGGCAAUUUUCAGAUGUUUAGAACAGUGUUUUUAGCCACUAGGGCGAGAGAGUUUGUUAGUUCGUUUGUUUGUUAGUUAGUUAGAUAGUUAGUAAGUUAAGAAGUUAGUUAGUUAGUUAGUUAGUUAGUUAGUUAGUUUCUACUGUAGGUAGCUGUCUACUGAAGACGUUUUUUCACAUUCCAGUUUUCAUUUUUCAAAUAUUUCCAGUAACGUUUUGAGCCAGUUUGGCGAGAGAGUUUGUUAUUUAGUUAGUUUAGUUUCUACAGUAGGUGUGGGUGUUCACUGUAAAUCCCACCGAAUUUGCCUCUGAUACGACUGCGAUUACUCUUCGUCUCCAAGCAAAGCGCCGCGUCAGAAGAGGAUGCGGUCCAAAGAAGGAUUUGUUGGGCCCCUAAGCAUUUCAGGCUUUCUGAAAUCAAAUCAGAGCUAGCAGGAGCUGCAAACUGGAAAUACUGAUUUCCACAUAAACCACUACUACUUCUGUCGCUGAGCCAAGCGCACAAGUUGAGGGUCACUACAUUUUAAUAGUGGCUCUCUUGAUUUGGAGUGUUACUAAGACCUUGUGAGUCCCUCAAGGUAAUGAUUCCAAAUGAGGGCGGAAAGUAAGGCAUGGAGGAGAUGUCAUUAUAUCUGGGGGACACCAACCAGAAAUGUCAGACUGCACACCUACAGAAAAGUGCUGGAACCUGUGUCUUUCUGUAAAAAUGAAUAAAUGCUCAAAAUAAUUCCGUUAAACUAAAGUUUAUUUUAAUAAAAGCCAGAGGGAUUGGAGGUCGGGGGGUGUGAGAGGGACAUGCUUAUCUGAUAUUUACUCUGGUCAGCAUUUUUCUGGCUUUAGAACUGAAUAAAUUUUGGUUGUCUAUUGCUUUGAAUUUUUAGAUCCUACAACACAAAAAACCUCUAUCCGCCUA